UCUCAAAAAAUCAUCUAGCCGCUUUCGUUUAUUGUUGGGGCGACACCAAACUUAGAUGUGCUCAUACUAGCUACUUUUGUAAGUCAUCAUCAUAACUUGGGGAGUACUCUAAUAGUACGACUGCUAUCAUCAUACCCAGAAACCGUCGAUAUAUAUAUACUACUAUCACCAACUAUAGGCAAACCUUCGUUGUCAAGCAAUGAAGCCCUCGUUGUGCAAGACACUACAAUGCUGUCAAAGUGAGAUCACUGCCUCCUCAUUUACGUCAAAAAAUACAUGCGCAAACAUAUUUCACAGACUAGUAUUGCGGUUGAGUCUAAGGUCACUUAUUUGUACCGACCCGCCCAAUCCCCAUAAGUCAGGACUUACGAGCGCUAGAUGGUCAUUGGUGGUAUAUCAAGCACAAAUGCAAUCAUUUAUGACCGUAGUCUCGAAUGAUCCCACCUGGUGGCCAUCCAUCAAUUCAUAUCGUGUUUCCAGCUAUUUCAUAGUUGCUGCCUAUGUCGGGGUAAUAUACGAUUGGGCACUCACGUUUGGACAAGAGGUUGAACUGAUCUUGAGGCAACGCUGGUCCCUGACGACCGUCCUGUAUGUCAUUGUGCGCUAUGGUGGAGUAUUUUAUGCUGUGAUGACCAUAUCGUUUGCUGUUCCAACAUUUUCAACGACAGAUGCAGUGCGCCUUGUGAUAAACGAUACACUUGCUUGGAUGAAUGAUGUUGGAAAUGCAAUACUGGGCGUCAUCAUGAUCUUUCGGUUACACGCAAUGUAUCAGCAAUCUAGAAAGAUGCUGAUAUUUCUCGUUGUGGUCUUUUUGGCCAUCAGAAUAGCCCUCGAAGUGAUGACCUUAAUGAUAAUAAUGAAGAUUUCAGGGGAGGAACUCGUUCUCUCUGGUACCCAUCAGUGCAUGAUUGACUAUGCGGGAGAUUCCCUAUUUCUGGCUUCCGUUACAUGGAUACUUGGUACUGUAUGGGAGGUCCUUUCACUGUGUCUUGCAGCCUGGAUUGCUGUCAAACACUUCCGUGAACUGCGACGAAACCCAACAAGAAGUAUUAUCGGAGACUGUUACACGGUGUUAAUGCAAACUCACGUUAGUUACUUUGCGAGCUUUGUUGCAGUUUCUUCGUUUCAAAUGAGUCAUUUUUCUCCAGUAAUCUUCACGAACGGAUAUUCCCUGGAAGAUCAGCUUUAUACUGGGUUCGUGCAAAUCUUGGAACCCGUGCAGGUAUUCAUACUGGGACCACGCCUCAUCCUUAACAUUCGAGAAUAUCAUGCUAAGCUAGUGGCUGACUCUGAUGCAGCAACCGCUAUGACUUCAAUUGCUUUCGAAGAGCGUGUCCAUGUGGAAACUAGCUAUAGCGUGUAGUAUGGGCGAUGCUCGACGUGACUUACAAUCGGCGGGUAUUCUGUAGGGAGCGUGUUCUAUCUUAAUUUAUUCCCAAGUUUCGUCGUGGUACUUAUUUCAGGUUGUUUCAUGUUGCAAAAUAUAUUUGAAAGAAACAUAGCCCUAGACAAUGUUGCCGCUGGCGUCAGCUGCCUGGGCUCGUACCACAUUGCAUGCUGAAACGUCUAAUAAAUUUACCUGAAAACAGUCAUUCCCUUUCAUCGGUGUGGCGAUAUUGAUUCCUGACUUAUAGAUUUGUUAGAAUAAGCAAGCUAAACGCUGG